GGCAGAAUAGAUUGUCGACGGCAACGUUACUCAUCCCGUAAGCAGGCAAGUGUGUAUUUUGGGAAGUGGUGUUAUGUUAUAUUAUGAAGCUAAAUAAGGUUUGAAAUAGCUUUCAAGUUAGAUUUGGGCAAAUUUUUUUUCAACGUAAUAUUCAACGGUUAGGCCCCUCACCCCUCACAAAAGAUUCGUCCAAUCACAUUACUUGGGAAAUCGAGCUUCAAAUGAGUAUUAAGGCAGUCGAGAAUCAUGAUUUAGCAAUAGUGAUAUGAUAAUCAUAAUUCAGUGCUGCUGGGAUUAGCCCUUGUCCAUUCCUCUGAAGGUUGUUCGAAAGAAAGACGCUGGCUGCGAUGAUGAUAAUGAGGGUUGAGGUGCGCUUCGGGAAGAAUAAUUGAAACUUCCAUUUUCAAAUCGAGUGUGUGUGGGGCGAGUAUUUACUUUUCAAAGCCACUAACGAUUUUGCCUUACCCCCAUUCAAGCUACGCAAAGCAAUGGUGGGUUAGUUGAACAGAUAACCUGGAUUGCCUCAAAAGAGAAAUCAAAAUUGUUUGACUUUUGCAACUCACCCAUGAAAAAUGUGAAGCUUCCCGUAUUCUGAGGAUAUCAUUCGAAUCAACUCAAAAUCCAAAGGAACCGGAAAAAUAGGCAGCUUUGCUUUGAAUAAAGUGAAGAUUGUUGAUUGAAGCUUGUUGCAAUCUAGUCCGUUUAAAAGGUCAAAGGGCUUCUCCACAAUCUCCAAUGUUGUCCUUUCAAAUGUUCGAGCCACAAAGUGCAUCUUCUGCUUUUCACGUACGUCGAAGUAGGAAAUCGUCUCAAGAAUCAAAUAUCAAAUACCACCAGUACAUGUAUCUAAAAGAUAGUUAACUUUUCAUGCGAGCACUCGAAAAACCGAACCUAUAAAUAACUUGUCAAAAUGGUCUCGUUCAUCACAUCUCGUUCUUCCAUUUGGAGCUUAACAACCCACAAUUACAUCCAAAAUGAAGGUCCUCGUUCUUAUUGCUGCUAUCCUCUGCCUUAUUGCUCCCAUUCUGGCCAAACCCAGUCAUGGCGGCGGCCAUGGUGGCGGCUUCGGGGGUGGCCAUGGCGGCGGCCAUGGCGGCGGCCACGGUGGCCAUUACUCUUUUGGUUACAAAGUCCAUGAUGGCUACAACAACUUUGGACAUUCUGAAAGCCGCCAUGGAGGCCACACUAAAGGCCAAUACCACGUCAAGCUCCCGAACGGCAAGCUGCAGACGGUCAACUACCACGUGGAUGGUUAUUCCGGAUUCGUGGCCAAGGUUCAUUAUGGUCAUUAGGGGAGUUAACAUCUCAUCUUUGGAGAGCAAGCCUUUCCUUAGAGUUGGAACAUGACAUUAUAUUCAUUCACUAUAUUUAUAAACCAAUGACAACUGGAUUAAAGUUCAGACUAACA